GGGCGUCACAGGUCCUGACAGGGAAGAAGUUGGCAGGUCCUGGCAGGGGACGAGCUGCGGUGGCGGCACCUCCGGGUAUGGAAGGCUCCAGUGAGAUGGAGUCGCGAGUCGCGGACGCUGGGGCUGGUGAGACUGCGCGAGCAGCGGGCGGCGGUCCGGCAGUUGGCUGCACCACUCGGGGGCCCGUAGUCUCGGCGCCCCUGGGAGCCGCCCGGUGGAAGCUCCUGCGGCAGGUUCUGAAGCAAAAACACCUGGAUGAUUGCCUGCGACAUGUAUCUGUAAGAAGAUUUGAAUCAUUUAAUCUGUUUUCAGUAACAGAAGUCAAAGAAAGGGAAACUGAAAAGGAGGUUGGUGCAUGGGUCCAAUAUACAAGCAUCUUCUGUCCUGAAUACAGUAUCUCCAUAAGGCAUAAUAGCGGAUCCUUGAAUGUUGAAGAUGUCCUUACCAGCUUUGACAAUACAGGAAAUGUUUGUAUCUGGCCAUCUGAAGAGGUGUUGGCUUACUACUGCCUCAAGCACAAUAAUAUAUUCAGGGCCCUUGCUGUGUGUGAGCUAGGGGGUGGCAUGACAUGCUUGGCUGGGCUCAUGGUUGCUAUUUCUGCAGAUGUCAAAGAAGUUCUGUUAACUGAUGGGAAUGAAAAGGCCAUCAGAAAUGUGCAAGACAUCAUCACAAGGAAUCAGAAGGCUGGUGUUUUUAAGACCCAGAAAAUAUCAAGCUGCGUUUUACGAUGGGAUAAUGAGACAGAUGUCUCUCAACUGGAAGGACAUUUUGACAUUGUUAUGUGUGCUGACUGCCUGUUUCUGGACCAGUACAGAGCCAGCCUUGUUGAUGCAAUAAAGAGAUUACUCCAGCCCAGGGGGAAAGCAAUGGUAUUUGCCCCACGCCGAGGGAAUACUUUAAACCAGUUUUGCAAUCUAGCUGAAAAAGCUGGUUUCUCUAUCCAAAGACAUGAAAAUUAUGAUGAACACAUUUCAAACUUCCACUCCAAGUUGAAAAGGGAAAACCCGGACAUAUAUGAAGAAAACCUUCAUUACCCGCUUCUGCUUAUUUUAACCAAACGCGGAUAGAAGAUUAAGCUUCUCAAAGACGAAGAAAAAUAUCAAGUGCACAGGGAAUAUUUUUACAAAAACAGAAAUCUGUAAUGGGUAUAAUCGCCUGCCUGUCCCCUUUGCAGCGUUUCACGUGUGGGCUAUGGACUCCACCUGUCCUCACCCACGUUAUUCCCCAGCUGCCCUCUCCAGCUCCCUCCCUGCCUCUUUUUACACUCUGCUUGUUGCUCUUCCUGCCCUAAACCUUUGUUUGUCUUUAAAUAUGUAUAAGCUGCCUAUCUGUGACUUGAAUUUGACUGGUGAACGACCUAAAUAUUUUUCCCUCUAAUUGAGAGAGAAUUUCUUUUGAUGAUACCCAUCCCUCCUUAAAUAUCUUUUUUUUUUUUUUUUUUUUUUUGGUCUUUGUUCUGUUUUGGUGGUGGUAGUUUUUAAUCAGUAAACCCAGCAAAUAUCAUGAUUCUUUCCUGGUUAAAAAAAUAAAGCAUAUCGUUUUAUCUCCCUCCAA